AUGGCUCAACAAGCACCUGAAUUCAAACUUGUAUUAGUUGGUGAUGGUGGUGUUGGAAAAACAACAUUUGUUAAACGACAUUUAACUGGUGAAUUUGAAAAAAAAUAUAAUGCUACAGUCGGUGUCGAAGUUCAUCCACUUCAAUUUCAAACAAAUCGUGGUUUAAUUAUCUACAAUGUAUGGGACACCGCUGGUCAAGAAAAAUUUGGUGGUCUUCGAGAUGGUUAUUAUAUUGGUGGUCAAUGUGCUAUUAUCAUGUUUGAUGUGACGUCACGUAUAACAUAUAAAAAUGUACCGAAUUGGCAUAAGGAUUUAAUUCGUGUAUGUGAAAAUAUUCCAAUUGUACUAUGUGGUAAUAAAGUGGACGUCAAAGAUCGUAAAGUCAAGGCUAAAGCUAUUACAUUUCAUCGUAAAAAUAAUAUGCAAUAUUAUGAUAUUAGUGCACGAUCAAAUUAUAAUUUUGAAAAACCAUUUCUUUGGUUAGCACGUAAAUUAGCUGGUGAUGCUAAUCUCGAAUUUACUGCUAUGCCUGCUCUUAUGCCAGCUGAAGUACAAAUGGAUAAUGAAACAAUCAAGAAAUACGAAGCCGAAAUAGCAGAUGCUGCAAUUGCAGCAUUACCCGACGAUGAUGAAGACUUGUGA